AUGGUUGGCGUGCCUUACAGCAAGGGCUGUUUGCUCUGCCGAGAGCGACGCAUCAGAUGUGACCAGUCUAUGCCACAAUGUCUUCAGUGUCGCAGGUAUGGCGUUGCUUGUCCUGGUUAUAAGCGUGCUUGGCAAUUCCAGGAUGAGGGACCCCGUCUUCAGAGACGAUAUCAGAAGAAGUUUCCCAUUGCUGGUAAUAAUAACGUGAGGCAUGAACCCGAGGCUAUCCGCCGUCGUGGAAUUAUCACGCGAAACCAAGUCUUUACCAACCUUUCGAUCGAUGAGCGUGUCUAUCCAGCUUUGAUCCAACAAUGCUUCAUCAGCCAGCAGCCGCGAGUGUUCAAGGAAUUUACCUGCGCUGCCUUUCCCACGAUGUUCUUCCAUAAUGAAUUCCGCUUUGGGGAUGGCUUCACCUUCCCGGACUGGGUGGUGAAGCACUUUGGCAAGAAGCCUUAUUAUGAUGCGGCCGUCUCGUGUCUUUCAGCGCAAUACCUCGCCCACCUCACUGGAGACCCAAGUGUCAACCACUUUAGCCGACAGAAAUACUCCCAGGCUCUGGCGGCAAUCAGGCAAGUUCUAAAUUCAGAUGAGGAGGCGUCCUCGGAUGCCCUACUGAUAGCGGUCAUUCUCCUCUCUUUCUACGAGAUGAGUACGCGAACUACCCGAGAUGCUUGGGUAUGCCACUCGAGGGCGGUAAAACAUAUAAUGAUGAAACGGGGAAUGGACCUCCAUCUUUCAGGGGCCGGUCGUGUCUGCCAUUUUGCAUACAGACCAUUCCUGAUUGCUGCCGCGAUUUAUGAAGGCGAACCGUGCUUCCUGGGUGAAGACGAUUGGCAGGACCUAGCAGCUGUUCUUCGAGCGGAAGACUCUCAAAAGAAGAGCGAGUGGUCAUUCUACAUUGAUGUUUACGAAUCCAUUUUCAUGGAGCUGGUCAAAUGUCCCAGAUACAUUCAAGAGGCGCGAGAGAUCACUUCUCUUGCCUCUUCAAAAGCCCAGCUCCUGGAAGGGAGCAUCGCCAUGACCUGCGAUCGACUGCGGGCACUGAAUGACGAGUUGAGAUCACAGCUUGCAUCAAAUAAUCAGCGGAAGCUGGGAAUAGUAUUCCGUGGUUUUAUCGGUCCGGAGCCGAACGGUUUCCCAGAGACGAGUCCCUCACUACUUCUCAGCGCUGCGGCCAAUACCCUUGAAAUCCUUGAACAACUUCGAGCCCGAUUACAGAUAUCUGUCUCCUUCAAGGAGGAAGCGGACUGCUUGGCGCCAUCAUCUAUUCCGCAGAGUACCUGUACAGCUAAUGUUAGCCUCCCAUGCCUUGAUUUUCGUCUUGUUUGCGAGCUUGGCGAGGGAAUUCAAAAGGAUGACCCUCGGGCAUUUACAUGGCUUGAUCGGGUCGCCGGGUCAAUGGGGCUUCUAGGGGCAAAAGCUAUCUAUUGA